AUGCAUGAGCAGCAGACGGAGCAGGUGCUGGUGGAGGUGGGGAAGAUGAUUGGCUCGUACCCUUUCAAAUUCCAGGGCGCCCGCAUCCUGUCGGGGGUGGAGGAGGGGGCAUACGGCUGGAUCGCCAUCAACUACCUGCUCAGCUCCUUCAUCAAGCUGAAGACAGACUUUCCCACAGAGAAGGAGAAUAAUCUGAGAGAGUACUGCGCCACCAGCUGUUACAUCACCACUCUACUGGCUGAUGCCUACAAGUUUGACAACCAAUCAUGGAACAAGAUCGUCUUUGAGAAGAAGGCCGAUGACCCCGAUAUCGGCUGGAUGCUGGGCUACACGCUGAACUUGACCAACCUAAUCCCCACUGAGACCCCUGCGAGCUGAAAGGUCAUGGCUACAGCGUGCGGGCCGCCUCGGUCUUCUUCAUCGUACUGGUCAUUGCGCUGAGCCUGCUGGCCCUGGUAGUGCAGUGCUACACUCGGUGCCGCCGCAGCUUCAACUCACACCAGUCAGCCACUGAGUCACCAAAAAGGGGACAGUGAAGAAGAGGAGGAGGAGGACGAGGUCUGGUUAAUGUAGAGGCCAAGUAUGGAUUUGUCCCCAUCCUGGUUUUUGAUGCUGAAAUGACAGCAAUGGUACGGGUACUUCAGCAAAAAAAUGAUUUUACUGUUUUUUAGUGGAGCUCUGUGCAUGGCACAACAUUUUAUAACCUAUCCUGUAUCAUUUGACUUAAGGAUCUGAAAUCUAAAUACUCCAUUUCUGUCUUCAGUUGUACAGUGUAUGAUUAGAUUUUUUUAUAUAAAUAUAUAUUGUAGUAUAUUUGGAUUUCUUGGUUUUGGUAUGUUUCUGUUGUAUAGUGUUAUAUUUAUACCGGUUCAGAGGUCUCCAUUGGUAUUUCUGUUUAUUGCAUAUAUGUAAUACUGUAGAAGUGUUCUCUUAGGGGAAAUAGAUGCACAACUAUAUUCAACUAUAUUACUCUAAAAAUGAAUAAUAUUGAUUUCUAGUCUUUAACUGUGGUUUCAGUGUUUUCUCUUCAGAUGUAAAUGAGGAAAGGUUGACACUUUUGCAAUAAAAGGCUUUCCUGUGA